AUGGCGUCAUCAAGAGCUCUCACCUCAGUCCAGUCUCUCGUGAAGCUACUCGCUCCACUUAAUGUCUCUCCAGCUUCUCCAGCAGUUCUCGUUCGUUCCUUCACCUCCUCCACUCCUCCAGGAAAACGCUCCUCCACUCCAGAAAAACGCUCCUCCACUCCUCCUCCUCCUCCAACUCCUCCUCCAGAAACCAGUGUUUCUGAUUCCGAUUACUCCGACUACUCCGAUUCUGAUGACUCCGACUACAACGAUUCCGAGCAGGAUACAGACCACUCUUCUGACUCCGACGACUACGAUCCUUACUCUGAAGAUUCUGAUCUGGUUAAUCCCUUUCUGAAAGAAGGGCCAGAGAGUCCCUUCACUGUGGUGAAAAACGAAGAAGCCAUGCAUGCGAGGUUGGACAUGCCAGGUAUCAACAAGGAAGGGCUGAAAAUGUGGGUUGAGGACAACAGUCUGUACGUCAAGGGAUCGGAAGUGGUGGAUGAUCCUCAAUGUCCAUUGGCGAAGAAGGAUGGCCCGAGGAAGUACUCCGGUGACAUUCAUCUCCCUCAGAGCCGCUACAAGGCGGAGGAGAUCGAUGCCGAGCUCAAGAACGGUGUGCUCAAGAUCAUGGUCCCAAAGGUCAAGAAAGAAGUCAUCAAUGUCAAAGUCAAAUGA